AUGGUUUACCACGGCGGCAUGGCCAGCCCGCCGCCGAGCGAUGGCCUCGUCCCCGCCUCCUCGCCCACGCUCCCCUCAUCACCACCCCCGCGAAACGUUCGAAAGGAAAAACGCAAGGCCAUCCUGACGCCUCGGAAGUUCACGCGGUUCUUCACACCGCGCGGCAUGUCCUCUCAGAGCUCGAGGCCGGUCCUCGCCGAGAUGGGCGGGCCUGCGAUUAACGCACAGCAGACGCCACCACGAUCCAGUCUGGGAGCUCCGGAACCGAUUUCACCGACAUCGACUUCGAGCCUGCUGUCGGCUUUUGGUAGCGAGGACGGGCCAAAAAAGAGGAAGAGGGGCGUUGUUCAUGCGAUUCCCAUGAAGUUGCCGCUGCCGGCCCGCGGAUCGAGUACGAAACUGUCAAGAACACAAUUGGAGGAUUUGGAGGACGAUGAGGCGCCCCUUGGUAGAAGUCCUCUCGCGAGGUCACUGUUGGAGAAUGUUGAGAACGUGGAGGACCAGGCGAUUGGUUCGCCUGAUGUGCACUCUCCCACUGGCCCUGAGCUGCCGCCCUUGGGAAGAAAAUAUCCGACUGGACCGCAGACAUCACCGGAUGAGUUUGCGCGGAAGCUCAGCUCCUUGACUGCCAGCAACUUUGCGACUGCGGCAUACGAGGGUCUGAGGCCAAGGUCUACCCUGAUUGAUUAUUUCAAGUGCAACCGCGCGGGUGUCCAGGCGUCUGGAAAAGGAAAGCCGCUGUCGUCUCUUACAAAGCCCCUUCAUCCUUCCAAGGAGAAAUCUCCUGUGAUCAAACUUCGCAAUCGCGGAUUCGAGGCUCAACUGCUGCUUCGCGAACAGGGGAGCACCCCCCGGCCAGGUCGGCAACAUCUCGAGUAUCCUGCAUUUGAUUCACGAGCUACAACUGCAUCUUUCUGGAGCAAGGGUACCGAUACACACAUGAUCAACGCGCAUCUGACUCAAUCGAAUACUAUUCCUUUCAGUCUGGCGAGCUGUCACAAUGCCCCUCUUACAGCAAUCGGCGAUGAGGAGGGUUUCAUCCGUUUCUUCGACACCACCACAACUCAAGCAGGAGAGGCCCCCAAAGCCAAGGUCGACAUCAUCAUGCAGGGCCAUGAAAAUGCCAUUAUGGACCUCGCCUUCUCAGAUGAUGACCUCCGCCUCGUGAGCGCCUGUGGCGACCGCUCCGGCAAGAUCUUCGACGUCAUGACCCAGUCCGUCGCCGCCGAGCUCAACGGUGGUCAUUUCCAGUCAAUGCGCCGCGUCGAGUUCCAACCAGGGAGGGCGAAUGGAAGCGUAAUAGCAACGUCCGACCGAGACGGCAAGAUUCAAAUCUGGGACCUCCGCUGUUGCGCCGCCCCGGCCGCCGCCUUCUCCACCCGCGGCCCGGAAGGCGUCUUCCACAGGAAUCGCAGCCUCUCGCCCCUCUGGGCGCGAACAACGAACACCAUCGACGGCGCCCACGCCCGAACCGUCGAGGGUAUCACGUCGCCCGCGUCAGUCACGGCCCUGCAGUACAUGCCCCCGGGCCGCGAGCACCUCCUCCUGUCCGCCUCCGAAGCAAACGCCUGCAUCAAGCUAUGGGACACCCGCUACAUCACACCCCGGAACCGCCCCGACGCAACUCCCCUGGCGGUGACUGCCGAGCCCGCAACCCACCGAUGGCGCCCCUACGGCCUCACCUCGCUCGCCCUCAGCAGCGACGCCGCCCGCUUAUACGCCGUCUGCAAGGACAACACCGUCUACGCCUACUCCACCUCCCACCUCAUGCUCGGCCACGCUCCAGAACUCUCCGACCGUCCUCCGCGUCAAAAGGCCGGCACAGCCGCGCAAGGUCUCGGGCCCCUGUACGGCUUCAAGCACGACAUGUUCCACGUCAAGUCGUUCUACGUGCGCUGCGCCGUCCGCCCCGUCUCUAUCACCGGUACUGAACUCCUGGCUGUCGGAAGCGAUAAGUGCGCCCUCCUCUUCCCGACCGACGAGCGUGCGAUGAGAGAGCACUGGGACACUCAAAGUCACCUCCCGGCCGCUGCCGAGCCCACAACCGCCGCCGCCGGCGGCAACUCCAAAGCGACGACCGGCCAGGUGCCCAUCGUCAGAAACGGCACGCCCCUGAUCCGCGGUCACCGCCGUGAAGUCACGGGGCUGAGCUGGACCAACGAGGGCAAGCUCGUCACCAUCUCGGACGACUACAUGGCGCGGCACUGGCAAGAGGGCGACGACAACAGCGUCGACGCCGCCAACGGGUGCGGUUCGGCGUGGGACCUCCGCACGGGCGGGGAGUUUGGAGGAAGACGACACAUGUCUGGGUAUGCCGACGUCUCGGAGGACUGGGACAUGGACGAUGACAUGCAUUCUGAAUGCUGA